AUGGUGUCGAACCGUCGGUCGGCAAAGAAAUGUUGGUCGGGAAAGACCUUUGCCGACUGGACUUACAAUGACCAACAGUGUUGGUCGGCAAAACUAAUCCCCGCCCAACUUUCUGUUGGCUUCUCUUUUUUUCCUUGCCUCCUCCUUCUUCUUCUUCCUCCAGCCGCCGGCUUGCAAGCCCCGCACCGCCUUGCACCGCCUAGCCCCACCCCAACCCGGCUCCGCCCUGGCCUGCCCCGCCCCGCGCCGCCCUGCUCUGCCCCGACCAAGCCCUUCCCCGCGCCGACCUUGCCCUGCCCUGCCCCUCGCCGCCCCUGCCCCGCCCUGCCCCACCUCGGCGAACUCGACCCAGCCUGCCCCUGCCCCGCCCUGCCCCGCCUCGGCGAACUCGACCCCGCCCCGUCACGGACGCCUCCAGGGCCGCCCCGCCCGCUCCCGGCGAACUCGUGGAUGGCCGGCUGCCCGCUCUCCCUUCCCCGAGCUUGCAACGUAGUAUAG